AUGGUCAACAGUCUCUGGUUCAAGUGGAAGAGUCUGCGGCUUCCCUGGCGGCGAUCGUUUCUCGUUGGCCAGGAUCUGAACGGGAAUACAUUCUGGGAAUUCAAGGACGUCGCAAAUGCGAGUCGCUUUCGACGAAUCGUCAAAUUCGAUCCAAAGACUCAUUUCGGAGAUGUCCAAGUGACGCCGCAAUGGCAUCAAUGGCUCCGAUACGUCCGCCGCGACCCGCCCAGCAUCCAAGAACAACAACAAGAUUUAGUCCGCCAAGAACAAAUCAAACAUCUCGCCCGACUAGCAGAUGAGCGCUGGGCCAGCAAGCCGUCUUUCCUCGACAAACCCAAGACAAGGCCCGAUAUCCAGACGUCUGCGAAUGCUAUCAACCCGCCUGCGACAGCCGCCGCGACAGCUCUACCAAAUAGUGAUGCGCCAUCUGUUGCCUCGCCAGCCUCGCCAGCUCACCCGACAACGCAGCCCGCCACCCAGUCGGAAGUCUCGAACCCAGCUCCCGUGAAGGAGGAUCCAUGGGCCAAGGCGAAGACCGGGAAUCCCGGAGAUACAUGGCAGCCCGAGGCGUGGAAUCCGACUUCGAAGCGAUGA